CUGCGGGGCCAUCUUCUCGGCUGUCAUGGCGGCGCCCUGGGCGGCCUUGCUGCUUCUCCGGCUCCUGCUCGUGCCCUCGCCGCCGCCGGCGGGCGCCGUGUACGAGGACCAAGUGGGCAAGUUCGACUGGAGGCAGCAAUAUGUGGGCAAGAUCAAGUUUGUUUCUUUGGAAUCCUCCCAGGGCUCCAAAAAGCUCAUUGUGGCCACAGAGAAGAACGUAAUGGCCGCUCUGAAUUCCAGGACAGGCGACAUCCUGUGGCGCCACGUGGACAAGGGAACUCCUGAGGGAGCGGUGGAUGCUAUGCUGAUCCACGGGCAAGACGCCAUCACGGUGUCCAACGGGGGCCGCAUUCUGCGCUCUUGGGAGACCAACAUCGGAGGCUUGAACUGGGAGAUUUCGAUGGACGCGGGCAGUUUCCAGAUGGCUGGUUUGGUGGGAGUGCAAGAUGCUGUGAAAUACGUGGCGGUGCUGAAGAAAGGCUUCCUCUCACUUCACUAUCUCUCCAACGGUCACCAGAAGUGGGCAGAGCCUUUGCCGGACAGUGAGAAUGUCGCGUAUCAGCUGGUGUAUUCGCACGGGGCGGGGACGGUGCACUGUGUCGGGGCCGCUGCUCGGAGCCACAUCAGUGUCCUCACCUUCAGUGCUGAGGAUGGAGAACUUGCCAGACAGGCCCGGGUGGUGGCCCCUUGGGUGCAGAAGCUGAGCGGGGCCUGCGGCGUGGUAGGCGAGGGCGUGCUCGUGUGUGCGGACGAGGCCACCCACUCGCUCCACACCCUGCCUCUGGGUGCUGGGGAGGAGGCAAAGCAGGUGGCGCUGCAGUCUCUCGGCCUCGAGUUUGCCAGUGGCUUCCGGCCCCACCUGCUGCCCACUCAUCCCAGUCCGGCCGGCGCCUCCCGGGCCCAGUUCUUCCUGCAGCUGGCCCCAAGCCACUUCGCCCUGCUGCAGUAUCGGAACGGCAUGCUCAGCCUCCUCCGGGACUUCCCCCAGGUCAGCCUGGUGACCUUUGCAACCACCAGUGAGAAGACGGUUGCUGCAGUCCUCACCUGCAAAGGUGAAGCGGAGGCCUCGACCUGCCGCAACCAGUCCUAUACGAUCAACUUGUACUUGGCCGAAACCGGGCAGAGAUUGCUGGAUACCGUCAUCUCGUUCACCUUGGAGAAAAGCAGUACCAAGCCUGAGCAGCUUUACAUCCAGGUCUUUCUGAAGAAGGACGACUCGGUGGGCUACCGGGCGCUGGUCCAGACCGCGGAUCAUAUGCUCCUCUUCCUGCAGCAGCCGGGGAAGGUUCUCUGGAGCAGAGAGGAGUCUCUGGCUGAGGUGGUUGCCUUGCAGAUGGUGGACCUCCCGCUCACGGGUGCCCAGGCAGAGCUGGAGGGCGAAUUUGGAAAGAAAGCAGACGGCCUGCUGGCCAUGCUGCUGAAGCGCCUCUCCUCCCAGCUCAUCCUGCUGCAGGCCUGGACGGCGCACCUGUGGAAGAUGUUCUACGACGCCCGCAAGCCCCGCAGCCAGAUCCGAAAUGAGGUCAGCGUCGACACCCUGGCCCGGGACGAGUUCAGCCUGCAGAAGAUGAUUGUGAUGGUCACUGCCGCCGGGAAGCUCUUCGGCAUCGAGAGCCGCUCCGGGACGGUCCUGUGGAAGCAGUACCUGCAGGGCGUGCGGCCCGGCUCCUCCUUCAAGCUGCUGGUGCAGAGGACGACGGCCCAUUUCCCCCACCCGCCGCAGUGCACCCUGCUGGUCAAGGACAAGGAGAGCGGGGCAAGCUCCCUCUACGUCUUCAACCCCAUCUUCGGGAGGAGGAGCCAGGUGGCCCCCCCGGCGCUGGACCGGCCCGUCCUCCAGUCGCUGCUGCUCCCCAUCAUGGACCAGGACUACGCCAAGGUGCUGCUGCUCAUCGACGACGAGUACAAGGUGACAGCGUUUCCCACAACAAGGAAUGUUCUCCGGCAGCUGGAAGAAGUGGCCCCUUCCAUCUCGUUUUAUCUAGCGGACACUGCGCAGGGCAAGCUGAUGGGGCGGCGGCUGCGGAAGGACCUGACGACGGAAGAGAGCUGGGAGAUCAGCAUCCCACCCGACGUGCAGCGGAUCGUGGCCGUGAAGGGCAAGCGGGCCAACGAGCACGUCCACUCCCAGGGCCGGGUGAUGGGGGACCGCAGCGUGCUGUACAAGUCGCUGAACCCGAACCUGCUGGCGGUGGUGACGGAGAGCACGGACACCCACCAGGAGCGGACCUUCAUCGGGAUAUACCUGAUCGACGGCGUCACUGGCCGCAUCAUCCACUCCUCUGUGCAGAGGAAGGCCAAGGGACCCGUGCACAUCGUACACUCGGAGAACUGGGUGGUGUACCAGUACUGGAACGCCAAGGCCCGCCGCAACGAGUUCACCGUGCUGGAGCUGUACGAGGGCACCGAGCAGUACAACGCCACCGCCUUCAGCUCGCUCGACCGGCCGCUGCUGCCGCAGGUCCUCCAGCAGUCCUACAUCUUCCCCUCGGCCAUCAGCGCCAUGGAGGCCACCAUCACGGAGCAGGGCAUCACCAGCCGGCACUUGCUGAUUGGGCUUCCCUCCGGGGCGAUCCUCUCGCUCCCCAAGGCUUUGCUGGAUCCACGGCGGCCGGAAAUCCCAACGGAACAAACGAGGGAAGAAAACCUGAUCCCGUAUUCCCCAGACGUGCAGAUCCAUGCCGAGAGGUUCAUCAACUACAACCAGACCGUCUCCCGGAUGAGGGGCAUUUACACCGCCCCGUCAGGCCUCGAGUCCACGUGCCUGGUUGUGGCGUAUGGGCUGGACAUCUACCAGACCCGUGUCUACCCGUCCAAGCAGUUCGACGUCCUGAAAGAUGACUACGAUUACAUCCUGAUCAGCAGCGUGCUUUUCGGGCUGGUCUUCGCCACCAUGAUCACCAAGCGGCUUGCGCAGGUGAAGCUGCUCAACCGGGCGUGGCGGUGAAGGCGAGGCGGAGCUGGGCCUGCCGGGCCGCGCGGGAGAAGGCCAGGCAGAGGCACCCCGGCUGUGCCGAUGGCUUCACGCACGCAGCUGGUUGCCCUCUGGAAGGCUCGACGGCUGCGGGGCAUGGGGUUCCUUGUUCUUUUUUUGGCUGUCUCGUCGGAAAAGCAAAGUUUGAGUCUUCCGCAGAAAAAUAGGAACUCCGGGGGUGACAAUAUUCUGUGAAUCAGCCUUGUCCUUGUGAAACUUUUUCUCCAUCCACACCUUGACUGAAACAGGCCUUUGGUUGUUAAAAAAGCGUUUGCAACAUGGCAAAUCUGCAAGUCGGUUUCUGUGCCUCUGGCUCCCCCGGAGCUGUUGCUGAGGGAGGAGAUUGAGUUGCAAAGACGUUAGAAAUAAUGCUAAAAAAAUAAGUAGGGCGACUCUUUAGGGAAGUUUGACAGAUGAAUGCUUGUGGAAAUGGAGAUUAAAUCAGAGUAGAUCAUUUUGAUCUGCAGUGACCUGGGGAAGAGAAGUAACUUCUAUGUUUGUCUGCACUGAAAAUGUUUCCCUUUUUAACUGUGUUUCCCUGUGGCCUAGACUUCAUUAUUUGGAUCUUUCCUCUCUCCGUUACUGCAAUUCCUGGGUGAAAAGAUUUUAUUUAUAUUACAUUUCUUAGCACACAUGACCGUUAGAAUUUAAACAUGCAUCCGAUGUUGGGGUUAAUAGGAAUACUUGAAGCUAAGCUUGAAAAAAAGCAUUUGGAACUCUGAAUGAAAAUAGCGUCUUUGUGUACUAUUUUGAGUCUUUUUUGUGUGUGUUGAUUCUUUGAGGUUGGCAUUCUGAGAACCUAAAUUAUGAGCUUUGUUGGUAAUAAUUUAUUGCUGAUUUAAAUCUGGGCCCUGCAGUAAAGGAAAGUUGGAGAUUGUUAUCCUCAUGUGGGAGGAGGGACAGGGCAAAGCUGGUGUUCCCACUGUGGAAACGCGUGUGCCACGGUUUCGUAUUCAUGUCAAGAGGAAUGUUGAGUCGUUGGACAGAAGCAUCUUGGAUCAGUUUCACUGAUAAUAAACCAACACCGUUCGAUCACGUUCGCUUUGAUCAGCCGAA